CCUCUGACGUCACGACCGCCGCCGCCGGAAGUGACGCGUGACGGAGCGGCCGGAAGCGGCGGCGGCGGCGGCGUGGCGGCAGCAUGGCGGGCGCGCACCGGGCCGGGCCGCUGAAGCAGCAGAACAAGGCGCACAAGGGCGGCAAGCACCGCGGGGCCGCGCGGCGGAGGGCCGCGGGCAGAGUCCCCGUGAAGGCCCAGAGCCGCCGGCAGCGCCGCGAGCUGGGCAGGGUGGACCGGAGGCACCAGGCCCUGCAGCUCCGCCGGCAGCGCAAGGAGGCGGUGCUGGCGGAGAAGCGGAGUUUGGGCAGCAGGGAUGGGCCCCCGCACCUCGUGGUUGUGGUGCCGCUGCACGGCAGGGCUGCAGCACACGACGCCCUCCGCUUGCUGCGGAGCCAGGACUCGGCUGCUCUCCGCGUGGACGAGGGGAAGGCUGGGGGCUUCGCGCUCCUCUACCCCCAGCUCAAGCAGCGCUGGCGGUUUGUGACAGCACAGACAGGGGAUCUGCACGCCGUCUUAGACCUAGCAAAAGUCGCCGACUCGCUCCUGUUCAUCUUGGAUCCUGCGGAUGGCUGGGACAGCUCAGGGGAGUACUGCCUGUCCUGCCUCUUCGCGCAGGGGCUCCCCAGCUACGCUCUUGCUGUGCCAGGGGGCACUGACUUGCCACCGAAGAAGCGGAUAGACGCCAAGAAGAAACUUUCCAAAGUCAUCGAGAAGCGGUUUCCAGAGGCCAAGCUCUUCUCCCUGAACACAGAGCAGGAAUCCUCGCUGCUGCUGAGGCACCUCGCCGCCCAGAAGCAGCGGCACCUCCCUUUUCGGGACAGGCGGGCUCACCUCCUGGCCUACGCUGCCGAAUUCGUGCCCAGUCCUGAGAGCGACCACGUCGGGACCUUGAAGGUGUCCGGCUUUGUCCGGGGACAGCCCCUGGACGUGAACGGCCUGGUGCACAUCGUGGGGCACGGAGACUUCCAGAUGAGCCAGGUGGACGCGCCCCCCGACCCCCUCUCUUUGAACCCCCGAGCGGUGAAGGGACAGAAGAAGACGCAGGACAUGGACGUGCAGGAGGACUCUGUGAAUGGUACAGAUGAGAUGGAGGAAGAUGUAAAGCUCCUGAUGAAGGCAGACGCGAGCAGGCAGGAGUCUUUGCAGUCAGAAGUGGUUCCUGACCCCAUGGAAGGGGAGCAGACGUGGCCAACUGAAGAAGAGCUGCAGGAAGCAGAGGCUUCUCAGAAGGCAAACAGGAGGGUGGUGAAGGUCCCCAAGGGCACAUCCAAGUACCAGGCUGCGUGGAUCAGGGAUGACAAAGAGGGCAGUGAUGAAGACGGCGACGUGGACGAUGACAUCGAUGAUGAUGAUAUGAUGGAAGAGGCAGUUUCCCAGGAGGGGGAGAGCAGUGCGGAGGAAGAGGAGCUCGCGGAGGAGGAGUGUGAGACCAUGACCGUGUCCGAGUGCGUGCGGGACGACCAGUACGAUGAGAAGGUGGAGGAAGACGAGCAGAUGCUGGAGAAAUUCAAACAGGAGAGAAUGGAUGAGAUGUUCCCCGACGAGGUGGACACGCCGCGUGAUGUGCCUGCCAGGGUCCGGUUCCAGAAGUACAGAGGGCUCAAGAGCUUCAGGACUUCUCCUUGGGACCCCAAAGAAAACCUCCCGCGGGACUACGCGAGGAUUUUCCAGUUCCAGGACUUCUUCCGGACCAGGAAGCACCUCUUCAGGCAGAUAGAGAAAGAGGAGGCUGAAGGAGCUUUGGUUGGCUGGUAUGUUACAGUCCACGUCUGCAACGUCCCCGUCUCAGCGAUGGAGAGCUUCCGAGCGGGGAAGCCGCUAGUCCUCUUCGCCCUGCUCCCUCACGAACAAAAGAUGUCUGUGCUGAAUUUCCUGGUGCGGCGGCAUCCAACCAGCGGCGAGCCGGUGAGAGCAAAGGAGGAGCUCAUCUUCCACUGCGGGUUCAGGCGCUUCCGAGCAUCCCCCCUGUUCUCCCAGCACACCUCAGCGGAUAAGCACAAGCUGGAGCGUUUCCUGCGCCCGGAUGCUGCCCUGGUGGUGACCGUGUAUGCUCCCAUCACUUUCCCUCCUGCCUCAGUGCUUCUUUUUAAACAGAGAAGUAACGGAAUGCACGACCUCAUCGCCACGGGUUCCCUGCUGGCCGUGGACCCGGACAGAAUCAUCAUCAAGCGGCUGGUGCUCAGUGGCCACCCUUUCAAGAUCUUUACCAAGACGGCUGUGGUGCGAUACAUGUUCUUUAACAGAGAGGACGUGAUGUGGUUUAAGCCAGUGGAGCUGAGGACAAAAUGGGGUCGUCGGGGACACAUCAAGGAGCCGUUGGGUACCCACGGGCACAUGAAGUGCCACUUCGACGGCCAGCUGAAGUCCCAGGACACCGUGCUGCUGAACCUCUACAAGCGGGUUUUCCCCAAAUGGACUUACGAUCCCUACGUCCCCGAGCCUGUGCCCUGGGUGAGGAGCGAGAGCGCGCUGCCCGUGCAGGAGGUGGAAAUGGAAUGAGCCUGCGGGCAGCGCGGUCAGUGCCUCAGCUCCCCGAUGCUGUCCUCAGCCCGUGCGCGGGGGCAGCUGUCUCCACAGCUGGUGUUCAGGUACCAGCGACAGCUAUUUAUUUUAAUGAAUACUGUUUUUAAAAACG